AGCGAUCGCAGCUUUCCUUUUCCCUUUUCUGUUCCUUGGCUGUAAACCGAUUUUCCGCAACUGAAAACGUCCUUGCUAGUUUUAGAGGCAGUCAACCCGCCUGUCGAGUCGUGCACGGAGAACCGUAGAUGGCGCGCGCCCAACUCGGUGUUUUUAUAUCGUAGACAGGAGGAAACAGCGGCUUGCAGGGUGUCCCCACCACUCCUCAGUGAGAUGCGCCAGAGAGCUCGCGGGAGGAGAGAGAGAGAAGAGGGUUGACAGUGGCGUCGCAUCCAUAAUUCUUCUCCUCCAGAAUCCCUGAAAACUUAAAACGCGGUUUAGCGGAGGGAAGGUGGGAUCCUGUCUCUAACUGGCUACUUCAUCCCUCCAUCCUGUUCUGUCCUGGUCUGGUGUGGUCUGGUGUGUAGCCUGAGGGAGCUGUGGUUCUGAUGAGAGCUCUGGGAGUUAGAGCCAGAGAGAGGAGCACCGAGGACCUGCUAUGGCCAGCGCAGCAGAUGGUGUAGGGAGCCUGGGGAGCCUGGGGGCGGAGCAGCACCUCAGUGUCCAUGACCACGUAGUGAACGACCACGGAGCCUGGGCCACCGCCAUGAACAACCUGGGCAUCGUACCCAUGGGCCUCAGCGGGCAGCAACUGGUCUCAGAUUCUAUCUGUAUCCAGGGUUUUGACCCAGGGUUGGGUCUCUUAGCUCCCAUCAACCCCAUGAUGGCAGGUAUCAGCCUGGUCCCUCCUCCCCCUGGUCCCCCUGAGAUGCCCAUCAUCAAGGAGAUCAUCCACUACCAGAGCUGCACCCUCUUCCCUCAGAACCCCAACCUGCCUCCUCCGUCAACACGGGAGCGGCCCCCAGGGUGUAAGACGGUGUUUGUGGGGGGUCUGCCUGAGAAUGCCAGCGAGGAGAUCAUCAGGGAGGUGUUUGAUCAGUGUGGUGAGAUCAUUGCCAUCAGGAAGAGCAAGAAGAACUUCUGUCACAUCCGCUUCAGUGAGGAGUUCAUGGUGGACAAGUCCCUCUUCCUCUCUGGCUACCGGAUGCGUAUCGGCUCCAGUACAGAUAAGAAGGACUCAGGGAGGAUGCACGUGGACUUUGCUCAGGCCAGAGACGACCUAUAUGAGUGGGAAUGUCAACAGAGGCUGCUGGCCAGGGAGGAACGACACCGACGCAAAAUCAACGAAGACUUCCUCCGCCCGCCCUCGCCACCUCCCAUCAUGCACUUCUCCGAGCAUGAGGCGGGACAGCUGGCGGAGAGAUUGAAAGAUGACCAUAAGUUCAGCGAGGCGACUGCAGUCCUGUUCACGUGGAUCGACCAUGGUGAGGUCAACCGGCGGUCAGCCAAUCACUUCUACUCUAUGAUCCAGUCGGCCAAUAGCCACGUCCGGAGGCUGAUGAGUGAGAAGGCCCAGCACGAGGAGGAGAUGGAGCUAGCCAAGGAGACGUUUAAAAAUGCCCUGCUGGCCAUACUGACUCAGUUCGAGCAGAUCACGGCUGUGUUCACCGCUGCCUCCAGGCAGAAGGCAUGGGACCAUUUCUCUAAAGCGCAGCGCAAGAACAUAGACAUUUGGAGAAAGCAGUGUGAGGAGCUGAGAAAUGCCCACAGUGAGGAGAUCAUGGGGAUUCGCCGGGAGGAGGAGAUGGAGAUGUCUGACGACGACUCGGAUGAGAGCCCCUGUAAGAAGAUACGCAUGGAGGAAAACGGAGUGUGUGACCAGUCUGGGGCCUCUCUGAGGGAGGAGAAUGACUCUCUGCGCUGGCAGCUGGAUGCCUACAGGAACGAGGUGGAGCUGCUGAGGAAGGAGCAAGGCAAGACCUGCCGCCCUGACGACCCUGAACACUUCCCCGACACACACACACACCUGCUGCAGCAGAGCAUGCACAACAUGCAACAGCAACUGCUGAGUCUGCAGGAGCAGCUGAGGAGUAAGGAGGUGGAGCUGGAGCAGGCUAGAGACGAACACAGAUACCUGCAGGGAGAAGUCCUAGCCCUGAGAGACAAGAUGCUGACUAAUGGGGAUGUAGUGGUAGUGGAGGGGAACAACGGAGAAACACCUGAGAAGGUAGUGAACGGGUGUGCGACCACUCUGUACCGCAGCAGAGACAGGAGGAGUGAAGCAACCAUGAGAGGAGCCCUCACAUCAGAGAGAGAGGCUCUGCUACUGGGCAUCAUAUCUACCUUCCUCCAUGUCCACCCGUUUGGAGCCAACAUCGACUAUCUGUGGUCCUACAUUCAGAGACUGGACACUACGGUGUCAGCGAGGGAGUUGGAGUCUCUGAUGGGUCGUCUGCCCAGUGUCUUCAGACAGGAGCUGAGUGGAGUGGGAGCCACACUGGAGAAACGAUGGAAGUUCUGUGGCUUCCAGAGCCUCGGCUCCGUGUGACACACACACACACACACACACACACACACACACACACACACACACACACACACACACACACAACACACCUCUGAGUGGAACAGGACACACACACAUCGGAUGACCCAGGACACACAUACGGCCUGAAAGACCACAUGUGGGACACACCUGGUGGACACACUUCCAGACUGUUCGAAAGGUGUGUGUGUGUAUGUUGCGUAUCCACAGACAUCCACAGUGCAUAGUGAUGAUACUCAAACACAGAUAUGGGAAAAUAACAAAAACUACAAGAUCCCCUGAUGGAUCUUUCAGUUAUAUCUUUGCAAGGGAUCUGCUGACACUGAGGCAGAGGGAUCCACAAGGAUCUCUACUUGAUGCUGUAUAACUAAAUCCACUGAUGUCAUCCUCAAGGGGUCACAGAGCAGACCUUCUCUAUGGUAACGUAGUGACCAGACCCCAGCCAACAGAACAGAAGGUUCUUAGUCCUAACGUCUCUCUCAUGGACUGGAGUGGUUUGAGACGCCUCUCUCUGUACCCUCUCUCAGAUUUCAGACUCUCUUUCUGUUCCCUCUCUCUCUUUCUGUACCUGCUCUCUCUGUUUUUUUUUUUCCUCUCUCUCUCUCUUUCUCUCUUUCUCUCUCUCUCUUUCUCUAUCUCUCUCUGUGGAGCAGUUGUGUAACUGGUCUGUCAACAGCUGACUCCCACUAGGCUGGGAGGGAUCCAGGAAUAUUGGACUGCUGCAACCGAAAUAUGUGCAGGAAUUGGGGAAAACUGGAGAAUGGGUGUGGGGGAGUACAGGACAGAUUUAUAACUGUGACCCUUGUUACCCCUCACGUCCAGUAUGUUGUGGGGCUGUUUGCUGUAAAAACCCAGUUUCACACUCCAUCAUGCCUGCAGCGUUAGCCAGACACACACACACACACACACACACACACACUCUCUCUCUCUCAACUGACUUUAGUAGCCUACUGAUGACUGGAACUGAUACUGUUGGGUUGGCACUUUAGGUCUACAUAUCCAUAUAUGGAUGUCUCUAUCUCUGUCUGUCUUUCUCUCUCUCUGCACUGGCCUUGUGUCCAGUGUGUGCUGUGCUUGUUGCCACUGCUAACUGGUAUCUACUCAUUUAAAUUAUGUUUUCUAAUCGAUUAAAAUGUUUUUAUCCACAACUCUUCUGAUCAAUCCAAAACAUUUUCAAUUCAAGAAGCUUUAUCGGCAUGACAAGCAACUAAAUUCACAUGAUCAAGGAUGGUAAUGGCAAGACAAGGCUGCUAAUGGCAAAUGAUCAAAGCUUGUGCAUAGAUUUGAAAUCCUGUAUAUUUUGGUUUUCUGUUUGUGAUCCAGAUAGUGAGCUGAUAUUCCAUGUUGGAUGAUGUGGUGUGUCUGCCUGAUGACGGAGGAUAAAAUACUGUAUUAAUACUGGAUGAGGAGAGAAAGAGGAGGAGCAGAACAGUGUGUCUGUGGGUUUUAUGUACUCCUCUCUUCUUUACUCCUCUCCCUGUACUCUCUCCUCUCCUCUAGUUCUGAUCGUGUGCUGGUAUGCUCUAUUCUGGUCAAUCUGGACUGACAUAAAGCAAGCACCACUCAUGCAGGCAAACCAGUGGCGGUCGGUGCUGUUUUAAGAUUAGGAA